AUGAACUUACCUUCAAUCUGGUUAGCUGGUUACAUGAAUACUAUAUUCAUCUUCUGCUUGGUUUUAGGAUUUCCUGGCAUAGCCACUGCUGCACACCAUGGCAAUGAGAUUGACAGGCUAGCAUUGCUCGCAUUCAUGUCCAAUAUAACCCACGAUCCUUUGGGGAUGUUGAGCUCUUGGAAUGAAUCCAUCCACUUUUGCCAGUGGCAAGGUAUUGUCCCUCAUUCAUUAGGGAACUUAUCAUCUCUUGGGAAACUUACAGCCUACAUUGAUCUCAGAGGCAGUAUCCCCACUUUGCUUGGGCAACUGUCCAAACUAGAAUACUUUGCAAUGGCUGUAAACGUUGUCCGUAGUACCAUUCCUCUCACAAUCUUCAAUCUCUCUUCUAUUAAGACUUUUACCAUGACGCAAAAUCAAAUUGGAGGGAGUCGUCCCUUGGACUUGGGCAUCACUCUUCCAAAUCUUGAAUUCUUUGCCAUUUCUGGAAACCAAUUUACUGGGUCCAUUCCUGUUUCAAUGUCUAAUAUGUCAAGUCUGGCAUAUCUCCAAGCCAUGGAAAACAAUCUUACAGGAAAGGUUCCAAAUUUUGGAAAUUUGCACAAGCUUAGUUGGUUAAUCAUCUCUACCAAUCAUCUUGGAACUUUAGAAGUUGAUGACUUAAGCUUCAUCUCAUAUCUCACAAAUGCCACUGAUUUAGAAAUAUUAGUUCUUGACAAUAACAAUUUUGGAGGGUUGUUGCAUGAAUCCUUUGUAAACCUUUCGACUAGUCUUGUAGGGUUGUGGCUAGGAAAUAAUCAAAUGCAUGGAAACAUUUUACAGCCAAUUAAUAGGAACCAUUCUCCUUGA